GGGCAACAACGGUAAGCAGAUGAUUUCUUGCAUUCUCUCACGUUCCAACGCCUUCCCUGUUUGUCUCGUCCUGCAGCAGAUUCUGUUUCUCAAAUCUCGUUUCUACCGAACGGUUCUUGUGCAUAUUCGUCCCGUCAUCCAUGUGGUUGCACGACACGCGACAUGCCUGUUGCCGCCACAUGGCUCUGUUUGCGCAGUACCGUGGUUCAGCGACCUCACUUUGCACAUGCAGGAGAGGUUCCUGAAGGACUCCUGCCUUGAAGAACAAAGAAUCGUCUCAGUAAUUAUUUUCAUUCUGAGUGGUUACUGCCUGCUGUUACUUGCUUCCUCUGUUGUACACAAGCCUUAGCAAAUCAAACGUGCAACUUCCAUCUCUCAUCGAGCAUUUGCAGAGGCCACUCACUCUACGUCACAAUUCUAAUCGGUUACAGCGAUCCGCCAAGAUGUCCUACUACGACGUCGAUGCCAUCCUCACAGAUGCGCAAAAGGUACCAUGUACCUUUGAACUCACCGUCCCUGGCCUAGGCUAUCUUGAAGGCAACAUGACCGGCGACAUGAAGCAAGGUUCCAAGAUCGAACUUCCCCUUUGGCUAGGAGAGAUGCUUGCCCUCAGCCAAUCUCUCAACACGCAAUCCCUAGUGACCCUCGACCCCCCGACCGCCCUCUCCCCCCGCGUCCUCAACGCCCUAAAAGCAGAUCCUCGAACCGUCGAUUUGAGAGCGCUGGCACCGCACUUCUACAACCUGGGUGCGCGGAUCCUUGAACUCUUCGAUGAGGACGAGAUGGUCGAAGUACUAUCAGACACGUACAAGGCACGAGCGGCGGUUAUUGCCGAUCAAGCACAUAAUCCUCGUGGUGCAUUGGGUGAAGGUGCGGAUUUCAUGAGGGGGUUGGAUGAGAACGAACGGCAGUUGUUUCGAGCUGCACACGACAGUGCAAAGGGCGUGCGGACAUGGAUGGCGGAUUUACAAAAGAAGUGA